CCGUGGCUGAGGGCUGCGCUAGGGCGGCCGAACGGAGCCAACAUGCCGGUGGCUCGGAGCUGGGUUUGUCGCAAAACUUACGUGACCCCGCGGAGACCCUUCGAGAAAUCCCGCCUCGAUCAGGAGUUGAAGCUGAUCGGCGAGUAUGGGCUCCGGAACAAGCGAGAGGUCUGGAGGGUGAAGUUUACUCUGGCCAAGAUCCGUAAGGCCGCCCGGGAGCUGCUGACGCUGGACGAGAAGGACCCGCGUCGUCUCUUCGAAGGUAAUGCCCUGCUGCGGCGGCUGGUCCGCAUUGGCGUGCUUGAUGAGGGCAAGAUGAAGCUGGAUUAUAUUUUGGGCCUGAAGAUUGAGGAUUUCUUGGAGCGGCGGCUGCAGACGCAGGUCUUCAAGUUAGGCUUGGCCAAGUCCAUCCACCAUGCUCGGGUGCUGAUCCGUCAGCGUCACAUCAGGGUCCGCAAGCAGGUGGUGAAUAUUCCAUCCUUCAUCGUUCGCCUGGACUCCCAGAAGCAUAUUGACUUCUCCCUUCGAUCACCAUACGGUGGUGGGCGCCCUGGCCGCGUGAAGAGGAAGAACGCCAAGAAGGGACAGGGAGGGGCUGGCGCAGGUGAUGAUGAGGAGGAGGAUUAAGCUUCGUGAUCCUCUUCUGACUGGUGGGGCAUUUCUAGUUUUCCACCAGAUAUUAAAAAAUAUUCACAUUUUGGGA